AUGAGUUCGGCCACGGAUUCGUCCAAGAAGAUCAUGUCUGACACGAAAGCCGUCGAAGAAGGCGGCCCCCGCAGAACGGACGGCGUCUCUCAGCUCUAUGAGGGUAAUGUCUUCGAAGCGACUCCUGAGGACCGUCGCCAGAUCGGCGUUGUCAGUGCCUCGUUCCUGAUCUUCAACCGUGUUAUCGGUACCGGUAUCUUCGCGACUCCGAGUACGAUCCUUUCCUUGUCCGGUAGUGUCGGCCUGUCCCUCUUCAUGUGGGUGAUUGGAACUAUCAUUGCCAUGGCCGGUACUGCUGUCUACCUGGAAUUCGGUACUGCUAUUCCCAAAAACGGUGGCGAAAAGAACUACCUCGAAUAUGUCUACAAGAAGCCUCGUUUCCUCGUUACCGCCAUGUUUGCCGCCUACGUCGUUCUGCUGGGUUGGGCUGCCAGUAACAGUGUCGUGUUCGGAGAGUACAUCCUCAACGCUGCCGACGUCGAGGUCGACCGCUGGAACCAGCGCGGAAUCGGUCUUGCCUGUCUCACGACUGCUUUCCUGGUUCACGCUUUCGCAUUGAAGUGGGGUCUUCAUCUUCAGAACUUGCUCGGUGUGGUCAAGCUUGUAAUCAUCGUGUUCGUCACGGUUUCCGGGUGGGUGGCGUUGGGCGGCCAUAUGAAGAUCGACCCUCCUCACAACUUCCGAAAUGCGUUUGAGGGCACGACUGGCAGUGGGUAUGGAAUUGUGAUGGCGCUUUACAAUGUCAUCUGGUCCUUCAUCGGAUACUCCAACGCCAACUACGCCUUGAGUGAGACCAAAAACCCUACCCGUACCCUGAAGAUCGCCGCGCCGAUUGCCAUUGGAGCGGUCGGAAUCCUGUACAUGUUCUGCAACAUUGCCUACUUUGCCGCUGUGCCCAAGGAACAGUUCCUUUCGUCUGGGCAAACCGUUGCGGCCACCUUUUUCGGAAACAUGUUCGGUGCGCGCGCUGAGAAGGUGAUGUCCGUCUUCGUUGCGCUGUCGGCUUUCGGAAACGUCUUGUCCGUGAUCUUCUCGCAAGGUCGAAUCGUCCAAGAACUGGGUCGUGAAGGCAUCCUGCCUGUCUCGAAGUUCUUCGCUAGCAACAAGCCGUUCCACGCUCCUGCCGCCGGUCUCUUCGAGCACUGGGUGGUUUCGGUCGUUAUCCUGCUGGCUCCUCCCCCCGGCGAUGCUUAUAACUUCCUGGUCAACCUGAUCUCGUACCCCCUGUCCAUCGUCAAUGCGUUCGUGUCGGCCGGCCUUAUCUACAUCUACUUGCGACCCAAGGAAUUCCCCGACUUCGCCCCGGGUAUCCGUGCGACCCUCCCCGUUACCGUCUUCUUCUUCCUCACUCAGUGCUAUCUGGUGGUUGCGCCUUACGUGCCUCCCUCCGCCGACCAGAGUGUCUACGACGAGCUGCCGUACUACCUGCACUGCGUGGUGGCUAUCGGAAUUUUCGCCGCGGGUGCCAUUUACUACGUGGUGUGGGCCGUCCUGAUGCCUCGCUUUGGCCGCUACAUGCUGGUCAAGGAAACCGUCGUUGAUGCCGACGGCUGGUCCCGGAGUGUUUUCACCAAACUUCCGUUGGCUCAGCUGGAAGAGCAUCAGCAUCAACAGCAAGAACAACACUCCUAA